UCCCAGAGAUUGUCCGAGUUCCAUUGAGGACAUGUGCGGCGGUGCGAUUAUCCAUGACCUCAUCCCUCGCAACCGAGGUCGUUCCGUCUCUUCUUCCGACCUCUUCUGGUCUGAUUCCCACUUUGCUAAGUCGGAUUUCCAUUGCUUCAGCCCACAACAACCACCUAAGAAACGGCCUUCCCCUUCUUCAGGUAGUGAGAGUGGGGCUGAGAAGGAUGUCAAGAGGAGAAGAAAGAAUAAGUACAGGGGGAUUCGACAGCGACCAUGGGGGAAAUGGGCUGCUGAAAUUCGUGACCCCAGAAAAGGAGUUAGGGUUUGGUUGGGUACCUUCAACACCCCGGAAGAGGCUGCGAGGGCUUAUGAUAGGGAGGCGAGGAAGAUAAGGGGUAAGAAAGCCAAGGUUAAUUUCCCAAAUGAAGAAGAGGAGUGUUUGCAGAAUACCCAAAAGCCUACUACUCGUAGGGAUCCCCAACCUUUGUAUCAAUUAUCAGGUACUGAUUUCUUGAACGAUUCGAAUGUCGGGUUCGCCAGCGAUCUGAAUCAGAUAGGAGCGUUUUCGGAGUGUUAUGGCCGCCCUGCUUCCAAUCCCAACCCAAGUGACCCUGCGGCUGUUACGCCUGCACCUAUGCCGGUGCCAAUGCCGAAGGAGGAGACACCUUUGUCUGGACUAGAUGAGAAAGCUAAAGUGAAGGAAGAAGAGAAUGAAGUGCAGAGGCUGUCGGAGGAGCUGAUGGCGUUCGAGGCAUACAUGAAGUUCUAUCAGAUUCCAUAUCUGGACGGGGGAGAUGAGCAGAACGCCGCUCAGGAAAACGUAGUUGGUGGCGCUCCGUUGGAGCUCUGGAGCUUCGACGACGAUGUUCUUCCUUCCCUCACCUCUUUUGAUUUAUCAUAACCGUUUAUAUAAACGGAAAAUGCUUGAUUUUUUCA